GCCCCCCCCCCCCCCCCCCCCCCCCCCCAAAAAAAAAAAACCUCCUCUCCCUUUCUCGUCAUCAGUAAGCCCGAGACCAAAUUUUCUCUUUUACCUUCUCGCUAUUGCCAUCAUUCUGCUCUCAAGAUCCUUCCCUUUUAUCUGCACUGGAGACAAGGGAACUUUUAUUCAAUAAUUACCCGUGCUGGAUAACUGCUUCGGAAGGUUACCAUGGGUGAAGAGGAUGUCUAUACUAAUGAUGGAACAGUGGACAUCCACAAAAAGCCUGCAGAUAGGAGGAAGACUGGGAAGUGGAAAGCAUGCCGCUUUAUUCUCGGAAAUGAAUGCUGUGAGAGAUUGGCAUACUAUGGGAUGAGUACCAAUCUGGUGAACUUUCUUCAGAAGCGCUUGAACCAGGGAAAUGUUACUGCCUCCAACAAUGUCACCAAUUGGUCAGGGACAUGCUACAUAACCCCACUUAUUGGCGCAUUCCUCGCAGAUGCGUAUAUGGGAAGAUAUUGGACAAUUGCUAGCUUUUCAAUUAUUUAUGUCAUGGGAAUGACACUCUUAACAUUAUCUGCUGCUGUUCCGGGACUAAAGCCCAGAUGUGUAGACGAUAAAUGCUACCCCACAACUGGUAAUGCUGCUGUGUGCUUUGUGGCCCUCUACAUGAUUGCUUUGGGCACAGGCGGGAUCAAGCCCUGCGUCUCAUCCUUCGGAGCAGAUCAAUUUGAUGAAACCGAUGAGGCCGAGAGGAAGAAGAAGAGCUCCUUUUUCAACUGGUUCUACCUCUCGAUCAAUAUCGGCGCGCUUAUUGCCUCCUCAGUUCUGGUGUGGAUCCAGAUGAACGUUGGAUGGGAUUGGGGGUUUGGUAUCCCCGCAGUCGCAAUGGCCCUUGCUAUCGGGUUCUUCUUCUCCGGUAGCAAGUUGUACAGACUGCAAAAGCCUGGGGGUAGCCCCCUCACAAGGAUUGCCCAAGUUAUUGUUGCGGCUUUCAGAAAGAUGAACAUCAAAGUCCCUGCAGACAAGUCCCUUCUAUAUGAGACUGUCGACACUGAGUGUGUGAUCCAAGGAAGCCGCAAGCUUGAGCAUACGGAUGAGUUGAGGUUCUUUGAUAAGGCUGCGGUUGAGACCCCAACCGAGCAGACAAAAGGUCCGGUGAAUCCAUGGAGGCUGUGCACUGUUACGCAGAUUGAGGAGCUGAAGUCGAUCAUUAGGAUGCUUCCGGUGUGGGCCUCUGGGAUUGUCUUCGCCACGGUCUAUAGCCAGAUGAGUACGAUGUUCGUGCUACAGGGCAACACAAUGGACCAGCACAUGGGGCCUCACUUUGAGAUCCCGUCAGCCUCCCUCUCCCUCUUCGACACCCUCAGUGUCAUCUUCUGGGCCCCCGUCUAUGACCAGGUCAUUGUGCCCCUUGCUCGGAGGUACACGGGCCACGAGCGAGGUUUCACUCAGCUCCAAAGGAUGGGGAUCGGCCUUGUCAUCUCUAUCAUCGCUAUGGUUGUUGCUGGAAUCUUAGAAGUUAUUCGCCUCGACUACGUGAGGAAGAACAACUACUAUGAUUUGAAGUAUAUUCCCAUGUCCAUUUUCUGGCAAGUCCCGCAGUACUUCCUCAUUGGUUGUGCCGAGGUCUUCACUUUUAUUGGGCAGCUCGAGUUCUUCUACGACCAGGCGCCCGAUGCCAUGAGGAGCAUGUGCUCGGCUCUCUCGCUCACCACCGUUGCACUUGGAAAUUACCUGAGCACCCUUCUUGUGACAAUUGUAACUGAUGUGACAACUCGAAAUGGGAAGCUCGGGUGGAUCCCUGACAAUCUGAACAGGGGGCAUCUCGAUUACUUUUACUGGCUUCUGGCGAUACUCAGCCUGUUGAACUUCAUCGUUUAUCUGUGGAUCGCGAGUCGAUACACUUACAAGAAAGCGACUGGGCGAGCUCAUUGACAGUCGGUCAUCAUUCGCUGGACUCUCUCUGUAUAAAACUUGAUCAUAUUUGUAGUUCUGCAGUCAUUUCGAAUGUUAUUUGGCCUUGAGGAUGCUUUGUAAAUAUUGGGGUGGGUUUAUUGCUGUCUGGGAACCACGUAGUUUACUUCAGUUAUGGUGUUUGCCGAUUCUUGAUUUAAAUAUGAAUUAAGAAGUAUUAUAUAUGUCAGUUUCUCAAUGGAAACAAAUUAAAAGGUUUCCAA